AUGUUUGUGUAUUUCUCUCAGGGAUCUUAUGCAAAGUAUUAUCUGUAUGGAACAGGAAGGCCAUCAUCUGGACCAGUCAAGUCUUAUCCUCCAUAUUAUGGAUCAAGUCAUUACUCAGUGACUGUUUCACCUCCUCCUCCACCUCCUCCCCCAGAUGGAUCACCCCCACCAGUCAACCAAAUUCAAAUCACAAAUGGUUCUGGUGGUGGGUAUUACACUCCUCGUCCAUUCACUCAGGGAGGCUAUACACCACAUUAUGGAAGUCCUAAAACUCCAUAUCGAUUUAAGCAGGAAAAUACUGUGCAGGUUGAUGAAAGGAUUCUUAUGAAGUUGUGUGUUCAGUUUCCAACUGUUGAAGAAGGACAUAUUUGGCAACUUCUUAAGCAGUACCAUAAUAGAGAGAAUGUUGUUGUCAGUGCCCUCCUUGCAGAAGGUCAGCCAAGGGCUCAGACACAUUCGAUGGAAUUUACUCCAAAAAUACAAAAACCUGAAUUUCAGUCUUUCCAAGUUGAUGAAGCGCUAUAUCAUAAGCUUCGGAACUUCUUUCCAGCUGCUGAUCCAGAGCAUAUUCGCAGCUUACAAAGAUUAUAUAACAAUCAAGAGCAUGAAGUUAUAGGAGCAUUAGUAGCAGGUAAUCGAGGGUAUAACAGUCGUCACCAGAGUCCUCAUCCUAGUUCUCCAAAAAUGAAACUUCGUUAUUUAAAACUUGUGUUCCCUGAAUGUGAUGAAGCUGUUUUGUUUGAUGUACUCAAUAAUUGUGACAAUAAUGCUCAAGAAGCUUCUAAUCGUUUAAUUGGAAUGGGUUACUCAAAACGUGAUACUCCUAUAACACGUCCAAAUAUCAGCCAACUAGUCCGUAAGCCAUCACUAGAAAUUCCUUGGCCCCCACCAACUCCUGAACGUCCAGUCAUUGUUAUUCCACCUAGUGCAUCAGAUAAAUUACAGUUGGUCAGUCGACUCCAAGAACAGUUUCCUGCUGUGUCAAGAACAUUAGUUAACAUGGCUUUAGAUAGUAGCAGUUACAAUGAAGAACGUGCCAAACAGUUUCUUGCAGCAAUGACACCUCAGGAUGGAACCCGCCCAUCAAUUCCUCAUCAAGAUGCUGGAAGUGCAGCAGCCCAAAGUGAAUCUAGUCCAUUAGCAGCAUUUCCAGCUGAAUCUCCACCAGUACCUCCUCCCCGUAGCAGGCAUGCUUCUGUUUCCCAAGAAAGUGACACAGCAUCAGGUUCUCGACAUUCAAGCCUGGAACGGCAUUCCUUACGAGGUGAUAGCUCUAGAGAAGCAACUCCAUCCAAAAGCCCCAGCCGUCAUGCCAGUGCAGGAUCUCCUGCUCGUAAAGUUGCUAGCACAAGUAGUGCGGAUAGAACUUCAAGGCCUAAAUUUAAAAAAGAAGUUUUUAAGGUAUCUAAAGCUACCAGCACUCGAAAUGAUUUUGAAAAUGUGUCUAUUUAUCGUACCAGAGCUCGAGGUCCAGAUCCAUCUCUGAUGAAAGGUCCAUGUGAAAGUUUACUAUUGAAAGAAUAUAUGCCCUGGAGAGGGCCAGACCCUAAAAAUUAUAAGGGCCCAAAUGCAUCAUUGCUCCGAGGACCUGACCCUAACAAUUUAACUUCUAGAAAUGAAAGUAGAGCUAAGGGGCCGCAAAGAAGUCUUCAUAGAGGGCCCCUUACUUCUUUUAAACAUUCUAAAAUAGCACCUACUUCAUCAGGUGUAGACAGUGAAGCUGAUAAUUCUCGAUCAAGCUAAAUUAAGUCCUGCCAAAUAUUCCUCAUGGAAAUCUUCAAAAAAGUAAAAAGCGCACCAUAUUUUAUGUUCACAUAAAUUUUAUGAAAUAUAUCAGAUUUUAAGUUUUAAAUUCUUAUGUGUAGUCUGAAUAAUAUGCAUCAUCCACAAAUCAUUGCAAGAGUGUUUGUUAUUACUAUUAUUAUUAUUAUUAUUAUGGGUUAUCUUCCCUUUUUUGUAUUUUAUCUUGUGAUUGUCCAUGGAAAUGCCAUUUGUACUACAGUCAAAAGUCUUUGACCCGGACUCGUCGGGACUUCUAGGAUUCCGGAUUAUCGGUUUUUCCAGAUUAUAGAUCAUCAGUUUAAAUCUGGUAAGAUGGCAUGCAGAAAUU